AUGUCGACAGAAAAUGAUUCGUUACAGGGAGCGUCAACCGAUGCCAGGCAUGAUGUGGAACCCAAGGAUCCAUCUCUUCCUCCACAUUCUACAUCACAACAAGACUUAGAUGGAGCGCUUACGGCUUCACGAAGCGAGACUGCCUCAGAGAAGUCAUCUGAUAAUGGACCAGUCCUGAAUUUAUCUGAAAUACUGAGACAAGGUCUAGCAUUGAGCGAAUCAUCCGAUGAAGUACGUCAAUGGCUUCUCGCUUUUGACGACCAUAAACCAGGGACUGAUGUAUCCUACAAACUUCAAAAUGCGACUCAGCAGAUCGAUGGGGAUUCUGCCAACGGCUCUCUUCUUUCAUUACUUAAUCAGUGGCUUGCUCUGUGGUCAGUAAAGUCUGAUCGAGAGAGGAAGGAAAACAAGACCGCUAGAACCACGUCCCACAAAGAGCAAAAGCACCUAGACUGGUUACUACGCUAUGUUGCCGACUUCAUCACAUUGGGCCAUUCGGGUAUUGAUGUUGCAGAGCUAUCUCAAACCGUGGAAACCAUAACGACUAUAUGCCUCAAUGCUAGCCGACAAUCGGACAUCAAUGCCGGGAUUAAUGUUCUGCAUGCCAUUGCAGCCAACUUUGACUUUCCUGAGAGCGGGCUCGAGCAGACUUUGGUGGUUUUGUGUGCUUCAACUGCCAAUCUACCCGAAACACCUGAGCAUCUCUUUGAUUGUGCGAAGAUUUUGGCCACGGGGUAUCUUAGUGAGCAGGUCAUCAAUGUGCUGUUCUCGUUUAUCCUGACCCCGACCGCCGCCAACAACAGCAAAAACCUCUCUCACGCCAGAGGAGCAACACGACUCCUACGGAUACUAUUGCCGGAAAUGAAAGACAGUGGCCAAUUCAUCCUCCCGUUGGAGGACACCGUGGACACGCUGUACACUGCUAGCAUCCAAGGCAUUUUCCGUUUUGGUCAUGAUGUCCUCAGUACAUUUCAUUCUUUGCUCAGCUGCAACACGAGGCAGGAAGAGAUCACAAACCUUGAUUUUGGCAAAAUUGUUGGCGGUGUGAGUCUCUGUUUGAAGGCAAGCCCGCUCAGCAGUCAAACUGGCAGAAGUGAAAACCAUGCCUUGCCUCCCACACCUUUACAAGAGGACGAUCACCGACAAUAUGAACGGCACUUUCGCGAUCGAGAAACCAUGGCCAAGAAGAUCGGGCGAGAUUUGGGGACUUUGUUCGAGCAUCUUGGUUCCCCUGCUCGUGAAAUUAUCGAUGAAUUCUUUCUCUCAUACCCGCAAUUUGCUGAGGCCCAUCAGCUCAUGCUUACUUUGGGUAACCUGAAAGACCACUAUCUCCAGGCUGAUGAAAACGAGAUCAGAAGAGAGUACGCCGACAAAGUCUAUCAACACAUUGUUCGAAAUACCACAUUACCUCUGCCCUGUCGUCUCAGGGGGAUCGAAAUUGUCUUACACUCUGGGGAUAGAUUGACUGAAGGCGACUCCGAUUCUACGCGAGUGAGUACGCAUGCGUACAGUUGGAUCCUUGACAAACUAUUAACUCAGAUCGAUAUUGAGCGAGACCGACAAGUCUUUGAGAUGCUCCUCAGGUCCUUGCAAUACAUGGCUGGUAGCUACGAAGCGGCCGCUCAAGAACCUGCUUUGACAAUGAGGACUCUUGAGAAGCUUAGCAGUCUUAUAUUCAUCGGUCCGACAUCAGGUUCCUGGAACGGUGGACUAGCUAUCUUAGCAGCCAGGGUGCUUGUAACUAUCUUCGCUUAUAGCCUUCACACCGAUGCCAAUGCUGCAGUACGAGCAUUUGAGAUCUUACUUGAAGUCGCAAGUCCCCGCUGCAAGUCUCGAAUUGCGCGGCUUGUCUCGAAGCGACUUCUUUUUCGAUUGCGUGCGGAUGAUGCAGGCUACAUCUACAUCAACACCACCAGCGAGAGCUCCGACAUCGCCGCUGCAUUGCUACGCACUCGUGAAUCAGCCGAGAUCUUUACUUACGAGAUACCUACUCCACAACGCCACUCGGCCAGCAGCACGAGCUUGUCGACCAGAUCGGAUGCAAAUGACCCUAUUUGGAUCUAUCCCGAUACCGAGGAAGUGGACCAUCCCUUUGCUGGGCGUUCUUCGGAGAUUCUGAAUGUUGACAUCAAGACUGGCGCUCAAAUACAAGCCGAAUUAGACAUGGACACAUGGUUGAUGAAUAUUACCCGGUGUUUACAAACGGAUGUGGAUUGGGAGACGUACAGCUACACGAUCGUUCACGUGGGCGCACAGUUGAGCAACAUAGCACUAUUUCUCAACUCUAUCCAAGCGGUGAUAAAGCUUCGACAAGUCCUCUGUGGGCAGAUUGUCAAUGCGACUUUUCGCGAAGCGCCUGUGUCUAGUGGAUUGAAGAAGUCUGAUGUGGCCAUAUGCAUGUUUCAUUUCCUCACUUCUCUGAUCCCGUACGCAACGAUGAAAUUGGAAUCUAUCCAGAAAGGAUUUGGCGACGACCUUGUGCGUGCGUUCAUCUCAGGGCUUGGUGCGUCCUGGGAGGGCACAUCCCGGAAUUGUAUCCAUGCACUGUCGGUGUGCAGUCUCGAAAUACCAUCUUCAGUAGCGACUUUGUAUCCUACGAUCAUCGACAAAAUGUCCAAGAAUAUGACGCAGGCCCACCUCACAAGCCACAUUCUUGAGUUUUUGACAGAGGUUGCUCUCCAAACAGAAAUGCACUCGAACCUGAAUCCUGACGAAAUACAAAUAAUAUUUGGCAUCUGUAUUCAGUUCCUUGAGAAGACUCGCGAGCAAUAUCAUACUUCUUCGACAUCACAAGGCAGAGCGAGUGUUGUAGCUCGACACAGUGGGAUGAAUUUCCGCCGACCACCGUACAGAGCAGCAAUGCUGACUGACCAUGGAAUGCCACAAUACGCAGCUGCCUUGGCUUAUCAUAACAUGAUCUUUUGGUUCUUGUCCCUCCGACUUGAGACUCGAGCCAAAUACAUCUCCUGGAUUGUUCCUCGACUCGUGUGGAAGAAUUCGCGCGGAGAAGAGACCAUUGAUGAACAGAGUCAGGUGUUGAUCGACAUGAUGCAGAGGACAGCAUUUUCCGAUCUUGGGGAGACUUCACCUGACCCAAAUUUUGCUGGACCAGACGACGGGCCAGUCUCUACUGCGUCUUGGAUUGUAGGUUUGAGUGUCAUAACGGCAGAAACUGCAGGGCGUAGUGGCAAGUCACAGAUCACCAAACGGCAGGCGUCGGGAACAACAUAUGCCACUUAUCAGCAGAAUACCGCACGUCUUCCUUCUCAUCACACUCCCAGUCAAACGGAGAUACGGCAUCAAGAAGCGACAACGGAGAUACUUCCUUCGCACGUGCUUCUUCAAAUGAUGGCUAGUGCAGCAACAACCAGUCUUGCUGACCAGCCCAUUCAGCUACCACAAGAAGACUACGUAACUCGAGCGCUGGAGAUUUUCGAUCGAGUUCCAACCGUGGCUAGCCACAAGAUAGGGGUGCUGUAUAUUGGUCCAGGGCAGUUGACAGAGCCAGAUUAUCUUGCCAACACGAGUGGAUCUCAAGACUUUGAACGUCUCCUGGGAGGACUUGGCUAUGUGGUCUCGUUGCAGCCGCCGCUUCGGUACAAUCCACAAGGAUUGGAAUAUCCGCGAGACGGUGAGAACACAAUAGCAUGGCGUGAUCGAGUGGCGGAGAUCGUGUAUCAUGUCCCUACUCUGAUGCCGACUGAUCUGGAGGAGGAUCCGCAAUGUAUCACCAAGAAGUCACAUGUGGGUAAUUGUCAUGUGAACAUCGUCUUCAACCGAUCAGGAGCGCCUUGGGAGAUGGACAAUUUCAGGUCACAACUCAAUUAUGUCAAUAUUGUCAUCAGGCCAGCAUGCCGGGGGAGAGUGAAAGAGGAAAAGGAUUUCAUUCCAGGGUUCUAUCGGGUCCAUGUCAUCACCAAAGACGGACUGCCGAACCUCUCACCGGCGGCAGAACCUAAGAUUAUUUCUGCAGCUAAGCUUGCACAAUUCGUUCGAGUGUUGGCAAUCAACGCGAGCCAAUUUUGUGGAACAUGGAACACUAAAGAUAGCGAUACUGAAUAUCCAAGCGAAUGGCGGACGAGACUACAGCACAUCAAGAUGCUCAAAGAACGUGUAAUGGCCAAAUCGGGUGACAAACAGCUGGUAACAGGGCUGUCAUCUAACACAACUACAUCUUCUGCGCCUGGAUCAUCCGGCGGCAGAAGAACGCCAGUUCCUCGAGACGAGUUGAGUGGACCUCGUAGAGAUGGUACGUUGGCAGCUCAGCUGGACUUUAGUUCCUGGACGCUCUGA